AUGGAGUUGGUAUUUAUGGGCACCAAAGCAGUAGAUGAUUUCCGUAUUGGAACUAAGGUUAAAAAGGAAAUGGCGACUUUGGCCAAAGAGAAAGGUGUCAACUCCUUCAAGAUGUUCAUGGCAUACAAGGAUGUGUUCAUGCUUCAAAACCAUGAGCUGUAUGCUGCGUUUUCCCAAUGCAAAGAGAUUGGAGCUAUAUCCCAGGUGCACGCAGAGAAUGGAGACCUUAUUCGGCAGGGGGCUAAGAAGAUGCUGUCCCUGGGCAUCACAGGUCUGGAGGGUCAUGAGUUGUGUCGUCCUGAGGAGGUGGAGGCUGAGGCCACCCAGAGAGCCGUCACCAUCGCCCACGCUGAAAGGUGUUCUAUGUUAUGUAUGCAUGGUUUUAGAGAUCUUUGUGCCCCAACAGGCCGUGCGGUGUUUGGAGAGCCCAUAGCAGCAGGACUGGGUACAGAUGGCACCCACUGCUGGCACAAAGACUGGGCCCACGCUGCCAAAUUCGUCAUGGGCCCACCUCUAAGGCCCGACCUCAGCACCCCGGGAUACCUUAUGGACCUAUUGGCAAAUGAUGACCUCAGUGUGACUGGGACAUACAACUGCACAUUCUCUGUGUGUCAGAAGGCCCUGGGCAAAGAGGACUUUACAAAGAUCCCCAAUGGAGUCAACGAAGUGGGGGACAGGAUGUCUGUCAUUUGGGAGAAGGGCUUGCAUAGCAGGAAAAUGGGCGAGAAUCGAUUUGUAGCUGUCACCAGCAGCAAUGCAGGGAAAAUCUUCAUCUUUUACCGCCAGAAGGGAAUGAUCGCUCAAGGAUGUGACGCUCACCUGGACGCUACGGCAACCAGGUGA